UUUUGAUUUGGGAUCUCGUGAUGGCGCAGUUUUGAGAAAUGAAGAGAAACCAAAGUCCACCUGAUGAUCAUCCCAACAUGUCGAUGUUUAGCAGGUCUGAAAAACACAAACUGAAUCUGGUGUUGUGUGGAAGUGAUGCAGAUCUGAAGACCUCCGUAUCAAAACUCAUAAGAGGGAAAAAGACUUCAACAUCAGGACAAAGCUCCAGUUCAGAGUGUGUGAAGAGAGAAGGGGAGGUGUGUGGACGUCAGAUCACUCUGGUGGAGCUUCCAGCACUUUCUCAGCUCUCAGAAGAGGAAGUGAUGCGUCAAUCUCUCCACUGUGUGUCUCUCUGUGAUCCUGGAGUUCAUGUUUUCCUCCUCAUUAUUCCUGUUGGUCCACUCACUGAUGAAGAAAGAGCAGAAAUAGAGAUGAUCCAGAAGAUAUUUUAUUCAAGAGAUCACUUCAUGGUGCUUUUCACCUCUAGAAUCCCUGUUAAUGAACCUUUGAUUGAUCUUGCUAAAUCUAUCAUAAAUUCUCAGAGUCUCUGUGGAGGUCGACACAAAGUGAUGGGAUUAAAUAAACAUGACAACACCAAACAGAUCUCAGAACUGCUGGGUAAUAUAGAGAACAUGAAGACUGAACCCUAUUCACUUCAGAUGUAUGUGAGAGCUCAAGAGAAGAGAGGAAUAGAUGAAACAGAGGAGAAAUAUAAAGAAGAACUGAAGAGAAUGGAGAAUGAAAUCAAAGAACUACAAGAGAAGCUUCUGAGAUACGAUUCGAGAGAUUCCAAUAAAACUGGAGUUGUGAGGAGUGCAACUGGAAACACCACCAAUAAUCAGAGAACUAAACAAGAUGAAAGAGAGAAAUCUGAUGAAGAAAUAGAGAAAAAAGACCAACAGAGGAUGAAAAGAGAAGAAGGGCUUAAUGAGAGAGAAGAAGGAUAUAAAACAGAAAUAAAAGAGAAAGAAGAGCAAGAGAGAGAGAUGAAAGAUGAGAUGAGAAGAGAACGAGAGGAAUUGGGGAAACAGAUUCAAGAGGAAAAAUUGAGAAGAGAAGAGGAGAAAGAAAACCUUAAAUUGGAGAGAGAUCAACAAGAAAAACAAAUGAACAUAAUGAUGGAGAGAGUCGAGACACUGAACAGAGAGAGAGAAGAACUCUUGACCAAACAUGAAGAAGAGAAAGAGAGAAUGAAGAAGAUGAUGGAGGAAGAGAGACAGAAUCAAGAGAAAGAGAAUAAGAGAAGAAAAGAGAAAUUUAGAGAGCGAGAAGAACAAUUAAAAAGAGAAAUGAAAGAAAAAGAGGAGCAAGAGAGAAAUAUGAGAAGAGAACGAGAGGAAUGGGAGAAACAGAUUCAAGAGGAAAAAUUGAGAAGAGAAGAGGAGAAAGAAAACCUUAAAUUGGAGAGAGAUCAACAAGAAAAACAAAUGAACAUAAUGAUGGAGAGAGUCGAGACACUGAACAGAGAGAGAGAAGAACUCUUGACCAAACAUGAAGAAGAGAAAGAGAGAAUGAAGAAGAUGAUGGAGGAAGAGAGACAGAAUCAAGAGAAAGAGAAUAAGAGAAGAAAAGAGAAAUUUAGAGAGCGAGAAGAACAAUUAAAAAGAGAAAUGAAAGAAAAAGAGGAGCAAGAGAGAAAUAUGAGAAAAGAACGAGAGGAAUGGGAGAAACAGAAACUGAAGAGAGAAGAAGAGUUUAAUGAAAGAGAAGAACGAUAUAAAAGAGAAAUAAAAGAGAAAGAAGAGCGUGAGAGAAAGAUGAGAGAGAUGAGAAGAGAUCGAGAGGAAUGGGAGAAACAGAAACAAGAGGAGAAACUGAGUAGGGAAGAUGAAGAGGAGAAAUUGAGAAAGAGAGAACAAGAAAUGUGGGAUGAAUAUGAUCAGAGAAAAGAGAGAGAGGAAACAGAAAGAGAAAAAAUUCUUCAGUCCAAAUAUGAACCAGAAAAAGAGAGAAUGAACACAAUGGAGAAUGAAAGACAGAAUAAAGAGAUGAAGAGAAGAGAAUUCAGUGUGAGAGAAGAACGAGAGAGAGCGAUACGUGAGGAGGAGAAACUGAAGAGAGAAGAACGAGAGAGAGCGAUACGUGAGGAGGAGAAACUGAAGAGAGAAGAACGAUAUAAAAGAGAGAUAAAAGAGAAAGAAGAACGAGAGAGAGCGAUACGUGAGGAGGAGAAACAUGCAUUUAAAGAUCAGGAUAAAAGUCAGGAAAAGUCACUUGGACAUUCAGACAGACAAAACAUUAACAGUAACAUCCUGGAAGUACAUCACAGCAAAGGAGAGGUCUUCAGUCUUGCACAUGUUAUUAAAGACACGUUGAGCAGUAAAGUGAAAGAUGGAAACAGAGAGAGUCCACCGAUCUUUAAACUCCACACGGAUGAAACAUGGCAGAACAGUGAUGGAUCCUGCAGGAGAAACACAUUUGGAAAAAACACUUCAAAAGAGAACAAGACCAUAAUGAUGAUUGGAGCGACAGGAGCAGGAAAAACGACUCUAAUAAACAGCAUGAUUAACUACAUUAUGGGAGUGGAAUGGGAAGAUGACUUUCGCUUUGUAUUAAUAGAUGAAGGGAAGCAGAAAUCACAGGCUGAAAGUCAGACAUCAGAGAUCACUGCAUAUCAAAUUAAUCACAUGGAUGGAUUCAGGGUCCCAUAUUCUCUGACCAUUGUGGACACACCAGGAUUUGGGGAUACUCGAGGAAUUUCACAUGAUCAGAAGAUCACAUCACAGAUUCAUGAGUUCUUCUCUCAGCGUGGAGGAAUUGACCAUAUUGAUGCCGUGUGUUUUGUGGUUCAAGCUUCACUUGCCCGUCUGACACACACACAGAGUUACAUCUUUGAUGCCAUUCUCUCCAUAUUUGGGAAGGAUAUUGCUGGAAAUAUUAUUGUGCUGGUCACCUUUGCAGAUGGGAAGAGACCUCCUGUUCUUGAGGCGAUCAAAGUGUCACAGGUGCCCAGUUCCACCAAUGAUUCUGGAGAACCGCUUCACUUCAAGUUUAAUAACUCCGCCAUGUUUGUGUCCAGUAAUAAACCUGUGAAAUCUGAUGAUGAGGAGUCUGAUGGUGGAAACCUUGAUCAAAUGUUCUGGAAGAUGGGAUUUACUAGCUUAAAGAAAUUCUUCACGUCCCUCAACAGGAUGGAAUCCAAGAGCUUGUCUUUGACACAGGAAGUCCUUAAAGAGCGUAAACAGCUAGAAGUGCUGGUGGAAGGUCUCCAGCUGCAGAUCAAUAAUGGUCUGUCAAAACUGGAUGAAAUAAAGAAGACAAAAGCUGCUCUGGAGCAACACGAAGCUGAGAUGAAGGCAAACAAGGAUUUUAAAUAUGAAGUUGAAGUAAUUGUUCCAAAACAGAUCAAAAACACAACCAAGUCCUUCUUGACCAACUGCCAAACCUGUCAUUACACAUGUCAUGACACAUGUAUUUAUGCAAAUGACCAAGACAAAUAUAAGUGCAUUGCCAUGAAAGAUGGAAAGUGUACGGUCUGUCCUGGAAAGUGUGAUUGGGAUGUUCACUUUAAUCAAAAAUAUAAAUGGGUUUAUGUCAAAGAAAAGAAAAAGGAAACCUACCAGGAUCUAAAGAAGCGAUUUGAGGAUGCACAUGGAGAAGUGAUGUCAACAGAGAAGAUCUUUGAGCAACUUGAGAAGGAGUUUGCUGCAAUGAAGGAUAUUGUGGUUCAACUAAUUGAAAGAUCUCAAAAGUCUUUGGAGCGACUGCAGGAAAUCGCCCUGAAGCCCAAUCCUCUGUCCACCCCUGACUACAUUGAUCUGAUGAUUGAAUCUGAGAAACAACAAGCUAAACCUGGAUUUCAAGAUCGCAUUCAGUCUUUAAUGGAAGUCAGGAAGAGGGCAGAGAUCAUCAGUAAAGUCUCCACAGGAGAUGUGCUUUCAGAUGAUGGGAAGAAGUAUUAGCUCCAGACAGGGAAACCAAAAAAGAAAACAUCUCUCAAUCCACACACUUGGUUCAAAUGAUAAAAUAUAUUUGGGGAGAAUAAUUAAAGUAGAGUACAUUGACUUUUAUCAAGUUAAGUUGCAGAUUAGUUUUUGGAUCCUUUAUUAAUAAUUCAAUACCUAUUAAUUAUAACAUUAGUUUGUGGUGCAAGAUGUUUCGUUUCCAAAUAGAUUUACAAAAGCAGUGCAUGGUAUGGCUUGCUGGUUCUGGUUGGCAGAAAUUCUACUGGAACUGUCUAGUGGAUUUCAUUAAAAUAUAUGUAAAAUAUAUUUACUAUUAAUCAAUGCUUUAUACCUUGAUUUUGGAUUUGAUUGAGUUUUGAAAAAAACCUGAAGUUAACUUGCACAGCGGUAGAUGGAGAUUCAUAUUAAACAAACAGCCAAUCAGCGCUGCAGACUCCAGCUUUUAACAUGUAUUGCUAUUGCCAUGGAAAUACUAUUUAAUGUAGAAAUUGUGCUUUUCUCCACUCAUACAUCUUCAUUAUGCAGCAUUUUUAGCUAUUGCAAAUCAGCACAACUGUGUCUCUCUCAUGCAGCAUCCCAAAGUUCAUUGAACGCUUGUCCUGCACUAUUGAUGACACCCCUGCUAACAGGUCAAAGUGACUGACAUGCUAUUUGUUUAAGACUGUGCAGUUUAUUAUUAUCACACAGCAUCUAUCCGUUUACACAGUGUAGAAACAGAGAUUUGCUGAUGUAGAUCUGAUAUGAUUUUGUGUUGUUUCAUCACCAGUGCUAAAUGAAAAUACAUUUAUUUUUCUUCAGUGAACACAUUAUAAUAGUAGAAAUAGUUUUGUUGAAUUAGCGACUCGACUGUAUUUAACACUUAACAACAGGACUGACAACCAUAUUCUUCUGCUGAGUGAACUUCACCUCUGCUUUUCUGUUGUUUGUGUUCAUUUAAAAGUCAUUGAAAAUUACUUGGAGAUAUAUUUACCUUCUUAUAUAAUCUUCAAACUAUUAAGAUCACAAAAUAUGCUUUUAAUAGCACUUAAUGUGUCAUAUCACCUGGAAACUGCAGUGAUUUCUAUCUGGAGGUUAACAUUUUGAGUUUUGCAGAAAUUCAGAGAUUCAUGUUUUUAACUAAAGGACAGGUUUAUGAACAGAGAGAAGAAAUCAAAAUAAAUCAAGAGCUGAUUAAUGUUAUACUGAAUGAGUAAUAUAAUGAGUGUUCAUUGUAUCAUGCUGUUUAAGGAUGACGUCAUCAUUUUACUUCCACUGAUUUGAGCAUUUCUGUCUGUAAAAACAGAGAAAAAAUUAUUUAAACAAGUUGUGCUAUUAAUUUAACAAAUAUUGUGUUGCUUAUUAAACAAAUAAAUAA